AUGCGUAUUACAGGGAGAAAGAUCUGGUAUCGAAUGAUUCAUCGGUUAGGCCAGUUCAAAUACCUUGAUGACAUUGUCUUUGAUCCAUCUCCAACCACAAGCACUCCAUUAGCGCCGACGACGCAUGAUAUUGUCAAUGCGUGCGGUUUCAGCGGCAAUGGAAGGCAGGAUGUGUAUACCGGGUAUCCUGCCGAGAGUUGCGACGGGGACAUCUUCGCUGCCCAUCUAAUCACGGGUGCUGCCAGGCGGGUAAAAGGACGCCUAGAACUCCGUGAUCAAGCGUUAAUCUCUCGGGGGGAAAAAUGGAUUGCCAUGAUGGACAAUCAUGAAAGCGGGCGUCCGAUGUUCAUCGUUCGCAUGCGCGGCAUCCCGCCUAUAGUCGACUUAGUGGGCGCAACUCUCCCAAGUUCCACGUGA